ACUCCGCUGCCUGCGUUGCGUCAUCGCGUCGCUGCCACGUCAGUGGAGGACGGUUGACGCUCCUCCCGCGAGCCGUCCAUCACAGAGUAGAACGGGUGGCGGAGCGGCCGAUCUUCCGGGUACACUGAUUUAUGAACUGCUUCAGCCAUGAUUCUUGAUGACACGCCCUUGUUUGAUCCCAACCUGCUGAGUGAGCUGGACUGGAGUCAGAAGAUGGUGAAAUUCUCUCCAAACAUUUCCCCGAUGAGCCCAGGGGAUGGGCUCAUUCUGAGGCCUCUCUGUACAGCAGACUUCAACAGAGGCUUUUUUAAGGUACUCGCACAGUUAACAAAAGUAGGCGAAGUUGAGCCUGAACUAUUUAUAAAAAAGUUUGAUCAUAUGAAGCAAACUGGAGAUUAUUAUAAUGUUGUUAUUGAAGACACUCAUGUUAAUCAGGUUAUUGCUACAGCAACGCUGAUAAUUGAACAUAAAUUUAUACACAGUUGUGCAAAGCGAGGAAGAAUAGAAGACGUUAUUGUUAAUGACGAGCACAGAGGAAAGCAACUUGGAAAACUGUUAGUUGCGGCCCUUACACUUCUCAGCAAGAAACUCAACUGCUACAAAAUUACAUUAGAAUGUCUACCAAAGAACAAAGACUUCUAUCAAAAAUUUGGAUAUCAAGUUACAGAGGAGCUUUACAUGCAAAACAGAUUCCAUGACUGAAAUUUGUGGGGAGGUUUUUCCUUCUUGGUUAAUUUGUCAAACGCUGUUGAUUUAGGACUGGCAGGAUAUGUAGUAUAUUGUAAUACAAAUGGCAACCUUUUUCGACCCAUUUAGUGGUACUGAGAACGUAGUUGAAAUUUAAUAACGUAUUUUUCUUAAACUAAGCAGUCUUGUGGGUGAUGGGGAAACUGCAGCAUGGUUCAUUUGACAUUGUUAAAUUUUAGCUUGAAGAGAAAUCAAAAGCACUAGCAUCGUGAUGGAAUUGUUCCACCGAGGAACUGAAGAUGGAGAUAAUUGUACCAAAGGAUUUUUAUUCAGAACUUGGAGUAGGACACUUCUAUGCAUUUAUUUAGAAACAUAGAAAAUAGGUGCAGGAGGAGACCAUUUGGCCCUUCGAGCCAGCACUGCCAUUCAUUGUUAUCAUGGCUGAUCAUCUACUAUUAGUAACCCGUGCCUGCCUUCUCCCCAUAUCCAUUGAUUCUGCUAGCCCCUAGAGCUCUAUCUGACAAUCUUUUAAAUUCAUCCAGUGAAUUGGCCUCUGCUGCCUUCUGUGGCAGAGAAUUCCACAAAUUCACAACACGCUGGGUGAAAACGUUUUUUCUCAUCUCAGGUUUAAAUGGCCUCCCCAUUAUUCUUAGACUGUAGCCCCUGGUUCUGGACUACCCCAACAUUGGGAACAUUUUUCCUGCAUCUAGCUUGUCCAAUCCUUUUAUAAUUUUAUAUGUAUAAUUUUAUAUUUUAUUUCUGUUUUUUUUUUAAAGAGAAUUUAUAAUUGUACCUGUCAUACUGUUGGGGAUUCCAGGUUGAAAUGGAGAUACAGUUAUGUCUGUUGGAAUCAAUGCAUAGUUAUAGAAAACUUUUUGAGUGCAAUUCUGUUGAGUCCCAGGGUCUGCGCAAUCUGAGAAUGACACCACAUGGACCUUUGUGGGCACUUUACAAGUUGAAGUGGAGAUUCUAAGUGCUUUGUGCAGGUGAUUUCAUCGUCUUUUUUUUAUAUUGAUGGUGGGAUGUUUUAGGAGCACGUGGAGCUAUGUCUACAUGGAUCUCUGUUGCACCGACUGGUAUGUGUAGCUGUAGCCACAGACAGGCCACUGAGUAAGUCCAGUUUAAUUAGCUGCCGAAGUGCAAUGUAGCUAAAUCCAUGGGUUAAAAUGUCGAUCAGUGUGAUUUAUUUAUCAACUGGGUCAGAUUUUCAAAAGAAUCAUCAUAUAAUUGAAAUUAAUUCAUCCAAGGCACACAUUUUAUAUGGUUUACAAAAAAAAGUUUUGUUUGAAUAUGUAAAUGUUAUAUUUGUAUGCACUUCAUUGAGGAAGAUCACCUCAAAUUACACGUAUCGAUUUACCCAUCUGGGGACUUAUUACAAUGUAUACUCAAUGUUAUUUAUGACAUUAAGGACAAAAACAAAUUCCUCCCUUGUGACUAAUCUAUAAGCCCAAACUAAAUUUUAUUUGAUCAAAAUUGAUCUCCAAGUAUGUUGCUUUGCAUCCUUACACUUAAAUUCAACAGCUGUAGCUGAUUUUUAAGAUUUAUAAGGAAAAUAUAUUUUCCCAUCCAAAACAGGGCGGCACAGUGAUAGGGCUGCUGCCUCUCAGUGCCAGAGACCCGGGUUCAAUACUGACCAUAGGUGUUUUCUGCAUGGAGUUUGCACAUUCUCCCUUUGACCAAGUGCGCUUCCUCCAUAUCCUAAAGACGUGCGGGUUUGUAGGUCUCUGUAAAUUGCCCGUAGAAUGUAGUGGGAUAACUAGUGUGAACGAGUGAUCACUGGACUCAGUGUGUGGACUGGGUGAGCCGAAGGGCCUGUUUCCAUGCUCUCUGAACUUAAAUUUGUACAGACUUCAGUAAAACAAAGUUUUGUAAGUUAAAACAUAUUUUUUUUUACCCCCAUAGUAUACAGACAAAAUAUGUAAUAUUCAUUUAAAAUACUGAAGUAAAAAUUGGGACUUGAAGAUGCAUAAAGUAAAUUUGGCAAUAUAAUGAAUGUAGUUUAUACCUUGUCAAAGCACUAUAUUUCAUAUUUCCCAUAGGAAAAAUAGAUUCUAGCAAAAUGCUGUUUUGGUGAAAAAUUGCCAUGCUGAAGGAAUGAAUUGUACAAUAAUAUACAGAAGAUUGUAUAUUUUCACCAAUAUUAAUUUUUUUAUGUUUUUUGGGUAAAUUGUUGGAAGCUUUACUUUUGUACUAAUGGGACAAUUAAUAGUUCUAUGUAGAAUGAUACAUUGAUGGGGGCAUAUUUUAUCUACCAGAUGGCCAGUAGAAAAUGCUGUUUAAAAAAAAGUCUACUGUAUACUGUUUCUAGAUGAGGACCAAGAUGGAACAUUUCGGCCCUCAUUUACUGCGGGUGGUAAUAAUCCUUCAAUGGAACCAAACAAAAAAAAAGUGUGCUUUUUUUCAAAUUAUAGCUGCCUUUAAGUACUGUUUUAAUCUGGAGAUGGUUAUUUAACUAAUGUGAAUAUUUUUUCGGUAACAUUAUUUAGUAUUGGGUUAAUACAUUUUUAUUGUAUUUAUUUAAUUAUAAGUAUAUCAUUUUUGUGCAGAGGGCAAAUAAAAUAUCAAAGUAUUGGUGUGAA